AGCAGGCAAGGCAGAGAGGGAGAGAGGGGAGAGAGAGAGCCCCAAAGCAGCCUUGUGCCUCUGAGCUGGGAUCUGCCAGGGCAGAGGCAGCAUGUUGGUCCUCAGCCCGCUUGUCUGGGGAUCUUACCUGCUGCUUUUCUUCUGCUUUGCUUUGUCUCAGACUGCGUACGCUGACAAUGUCUUCUCACUCUCAGCAGAUCUCCCUUGUUUGGAACAGAAGAAGGAGUACUGCAGAGUAUGCUGCCUCCUUGUCCCUCCUCCACCACCCCUGUUCCCACCACCGUACUUCAGGCACAGCUGGAGCACUAAGCUGGAUAUGGAAGAGUUGUGUCAUGAGCUCCAGAUAAUACAGGCUUCCUCUCUGCCUGAAUUGCACUGUUCUGCAGGGCCUCCUGGCCCCCAGGGUCCACAAGGAAUUCCUGGUAUAAUGGGACCAAAAGGGGAGAAAGGGGAGAUUGGCAGGCCGGGAAGAAAGGGCAGACCAGGUCCCCCGGGUGUCCCUGGGAUGCCAGGACCUGUAGGAUGGCCUGGACCUGUGGGACUGAAGGGUGAAAAGGGAGAGUUGGGUGUGAUGGGAUUGCCAGGUACAAGAGGACCAAUGGGCUCCAAGGGUUUUCCUGGAACUAGAGGAGAAAAGGGAUCCAGAGGUGACAGAGGCGACAAAGGAGUCAAAGGAGACCCGGGAGAAAUAGGCUUUCCUGGAAUGCUGGGACAAAAAGGAGAGAUGGGUCCCAAGGGACAGUCUGGAGUACCAGGACACAGAGGACCUAUAGGAAGACCUGGAAAACGAGGCAAACAAGGCCUCAAGGGUGACAUUGGACCGGCGGGUGUCAUGGGCCCACCUGGAAGGCCUGGCCCUGUUGGCCAGCCGGGCCCCCCUGGACCAUCAGGACUAGGGCAAUUUGCAAUAGGACCAAAAGGAGAAAGAGGACUUCCAGGGCCUCCAGGGAGAUGUCUCUGCAGAACCCCACAGCAGAUGAGUAACCCAUCAUAUGAGCAAUCUGUGUUUGGACACAGCUACCCAAAAGUUCCCGCGAUUUUUGUGGUGAAUAAUCAAGAAGAAUUGGACCGGUUAAACACUGAAAACGCAUUAGCAUUUAGAAGAGAUCAGAGAUCUUUGUAUUUCAAGGAUACCUUUGGAUGGCUCCCAGUCCAGCUCACCCCUUUGUACCCUGUGGAUUACCGCUUCGAGGAUGGGGGUACCUGUGGAGAUGGCGUCGUGCAGGAUGGGGAGGAGUGCGACGACGGCAAUGCGGUUGUGACUGAUGACUGUAUAAGGUGCCGCCGUGCUUACUGUGGAGAUGGUUACAAGCACGAGGGGGUUGAAGACUGUGAUGGGAUGGAUUUUGGAUAUUUGACAUGUAGAACAUACCUUCCUGGGUCUUACGGAAAAUUGCGCUGCACUUCUUACUGCUACAUUGACUCCACACAGUGUCGGUACUUCACAUGAGGGGAGCAGAGGUGGGUAGCAUCCCACAGGUAGCGGGUGCUAGGUGCUACACUAUCACCUAUCCAAGAAGGACUGGGACAAAAAAAAACCCACCCACCUCUGGGAAAACAAAGACACAUCAUGCUGCUGAUGGCCAUUCUGAUAUUUUUUUUUAAUAUAAAUUUGUCAGAUAGGGAAAAAUAGGACCACUGCAUCCUGUCUUAAUACAGAAAUAAAUGUCAAACAGUGUGUGCCAGUGAAACUUCUAUGAGACUGCAGAUGGCAACUUGCUCUCCAUCACAAAAGCAACAUUAAACUGCUGGAAGCU